AUUUUUUUAAUAAAUCUUCCGAGGCGUCCAGCGUCCUCCCGGCGACGACGCUUCCCGAGCUCUCUCCUUCCCGCGACCCUCUCCUCUGCCCCGCUCCACUAGGGUUUUGCCGCAGACCUCUCGCUCGCUUCCGGUUCCGCGAGGCAACCGUCCGACCGGUCGGAAUGGUGGAUGUGGAGGAGACCGGGAACAAGUUGCAAUCGCAGAUGCGCCUCCACGCGGAGCCGGAGGACGACGCCGCCGACCUCCCCCUCCCGGCCCUCUUCGAUAGGGCGUCGCGGCUCCACGCCCUGGCCUCCAGCUCCGCUCUCGACCAGGAUGGGAUCCGCACGGGGGUUGACCUGCUGCGGCGCUGCGACGACAUGGUCAGCAAGCUCGGCCUCUUCUCCCCCAACGAGACCAAGGAGGACGUCUCCACAGCAAACCUCAAGUACCUACUGGUCCCAUAUUACCUUGCAGAAAUGACCGAAAAGAUAGCACAGGAGGAUCGGAUCCCGGUUCUUAAGACGUCACAGGACCAUCUGAAGGAGUUCAUUGCUCUAUGUGAAGUACUAGAGCUUAUCCCAGAGGAUGAGCUAGAAUUGUCUAGGCAGAAGCAGCCAGAUACUAUGACAAACAGAAGAGCGCAGAAGGUUGCCCGGUUCAAACGUCAAAAGGCUGCAGAAACGAAGCUCCAAGAGAUCAGAGAGAGAAAAGAAAGGCGUGGACGCUCAUUGAGAGCAGCUGCUUUGUCUGCCCCAAUUGAAGCUGGAGAGGAAGAUGACCUGGAGAAUGAUGGGGAGGAAGAAAGAGAGGCUUGGUUAGCUACCAUCUCAUUGGCUCUCUGCAAGGCAUUUGAUCUUCUCGACAUGCUAAAGAAGGAAGAAGAAAUGCUUCAAGCUGUAAAGGAAAGGAAGGCAAAGGAUGGGAAUGCAUUUGCUCGUGAAAUGCUCGAUGAACGAACGAAGAAGGCCGAAACAUGGCACCAUAAUGCUGCCAACCGUGUGGCAUAUUCCAAACCAGCUGAUCCUAUCACUUGUGCAACAUUUGCUCAAGAUGUCAUUGAAGGUAGAGCAAGCGUUUCACAAGCUCACGAGCACAAACACCAGCCCCUGAUAUUUGGACCUGCAAGUAUUGUUGGUGGUGGUCUAACCAGUGAAAGGGAAAGAAUGACAGCGCAAGUUUUUCAGCCUAGCUACAGGAUGCCAACAAUGAGCAUUGAAGAAGCUGGUUUGCGCGAGAUGAAAAUGAUGGAGAAAUGGCAAGAAAGGACCGCUGAGCUGAUGAAAGAAUCAACCUCCGCGUGGCACAAGGAUGGCAGCAGCUCGGCCCAAGAGGAUGAGGACGCCGAGGAGGAAAAAGCAAGAGCGUGGGACGACUGGAAGGAUGACAACCCUCGUGGCGCAGGCAACAAGAAGCUCACGCCCUGUGGUUAAUUUGUGAAACACGCUGUGUAUUGAUACUCCACAUGGAACAUGAUGCUCAUGUAGACGGUAGGAUGUUUAAUUUUAUCAUUGUUGCUGUGUUUUUUCUGUAGUGAUGUUGAGUGUAUCGUAGCCUGUUUGUGCAAGUGCGAUAUGUCCUCCCUAAUACGACACGUUUUUCUGG